AUGGUCGUCGUUCAACCUUUUUCCGUGGAGCAGUGGAUGGAUGAGCAUGAGACAACAGCCAAAUACAACAUUGCAGAGACCUGCUCGGCCUCCAUCUCGCUAGAUGAUUUAUGCGCGCUCGCGGGAGGCAGCAAGCCAGAAAACCUAUUCAACACAUCUACUAAACUUGGAUAUGGCGCUAUCCGAGGCACUGAGGAGCUACGCUCGAACAUAGCACGGAUGUAUUCUGAAGAUUCCAAUGGUCCAUCACCAGAGAACGUGUUGAUCACUCCCGGCGCGAUUAACGCCAACUUCCUCGUUUUGUAUACCUUGGUUCACUCGGGAGAUCAUGUCAUCUGCCACUAUCCAACGUAUCAACAGCUAUACUCUGUACCAGAGUCGUUGGGAGCGGAAGUCACCCCGUGGAAGACCCGGAUAGAAGAUGAGUGGGAGUUGAAUGUUAAUGAACUGAGAGGUCUUAUCAGGGAAAACACCAAGUUCAUCAUUCUCAACAACCCUCAAAACCCUACUGGGAGAACUAUUCCUGAAAAGGACCUGAAAGAGAUUAUCAACAUUACCAAGGAAAAGAACAUAUACGUGUUCUGUGACGAGGUCUAUCGACCGCUCUUUCAUUCCCUAGACGACAGACCCCCAUCUGUCUACUCUCUAGGAUACGAACGAGCAAUCGUGACAGGAUCAACUUCAAAGGCCUAUGCUCUCGCCGGAAUCAGAGUUGGCUGGAUUGUCGCGAGCAAAGAGAUAAUUGAAAAAUGCCUCCACGCUCGUGACUACACUACCAUAUCCGUCAGCCAGCUAGACGAUAAAGUUGCCUCGUUUGCACUUAGCGAAAAAUGCACGCCAAGGUUACUUGAACGAAACAUGAAGUUGGCAAAGCAUAACCUUGACAUCCUUGCUGCGUUCGUGGAUGAAUUCUCGUCGGUGUGUGAUUGGUACAAGCCCAAGGCAGGUACGACGGCGUUUGUGCGGUUUUCGAAAAACGGUGCCCCCGUUGAUGACGUGAAGUUAUGUAAACAUCUUCAUACCAAGGUUGGAGUGAUGUUUGUGCCUGGAGGGCAUUGUUUCGGGCCCGAGUUCAAGGGAUUUGUGAGGAUCGGAUAUGUAUGUGAGACUAAGGAUUUGGAGGAUGGUCUGGCUCAACUUAGGGUCUUUAUGAAGGACCACUUUUCUGAGAUAUGA